AUACCCCCUUUAAAAAAGGUAAAAGAGUCCUUUCUUGAACAGGUCAACAGGCUGAGCCAGAGGCUUAUAAUUAACUAGGUUUCCUAUCGCCGACCGGACGAGAGAGAAGGGCUCCUUCUUCGGCCGCCGCCUGCCUCCGCCAGCGGUUCAGGUUCACAAUGAAGGUCUGCUAUCCAUUGAUGCAGCCUUGCCUCGCUGUUCCUUGGGGACAGAAGAAGCCACAACAUGUGCAUUUUAGCACCAGCCGUCGGAGCAAUGUCGGUGCACCCAUGUCUCAGCUGACAGACAAGUCGAGAGUUUCAUCAGAUGAUAAUAUUAAACCAUGGUUCAAGCUGCUUGGGAUGACAUUAUCUGAUCUCGACGAUGGCUUUCCUGAAACCUUGUGGGAUGCUGUUGGUGCUGACUCCCCAGAGACUCUUAAGAAGAAGGACCGACAGAACCGGCAUCUUAUCUGGAGCAAGGACACGGACGUUGAUCCUAGGUUUGCGGAGUCUAUCGUGUUUGACAAAACACUCUACAAGUACGCAAUUUUAGGUUGCAGGGCCAGUGCGGACACAAUUGUGAAAAAGGGUAUGAUAUCUGCCUCUCAGAGAGAUGAAAUCGUCCUUUCUCUUGCAAGGAUAGAAGAUGACAUUGAGCUAGGAAUGUUUCAGUGGGUAGAUGGUGCGGAUGUACAUACAAAUAUUGUGCAAGCACUUGCUGAUAAGCUUGGAGACCUACCGAAGGACCUUGCCGUAGAUAGUAUAUAUGACAGUUGCGUCAUGAUCCUCGAUAUGUGGUGCAAGAACCACAUUGAGCAUAUUAUGACAAAGAUCAAACGGCUUCAGGUCGCUCUGGUUCUAUUAGCACUCAGAAAUGACGGUUUGGUCCUUCCUGGUAAUAGAGAGGACCGCACAUUGAUUGGGAGUCUUGUAUUGCCUAUUCUUAAAGCGCUGGACAAGGAUGUAUCAGGUCUUCGCCACACUUUUGGACGCCUUUACUUAUGUGAUGCCUUCAUUUUACAUAGGAACUCUGAUAUUUGCAGCUACCCAGAGAUUGAUACAACAACUAAGCGUUAUACCAUCGCCUAUUAUGCAAGAACAAUAAGUUACGACAUUCCUAACGAUAUAGCACAAUUUCUUGAGAAGUUUGUUCCGUUGAAGGAUCUGCUUUCUUUCAAACCACACAAAGAUGCAACACACGGCACAAUCCUAGAAAAGCUCCUUCCAGAUGGACCGAAAAGGGGUCGUGGACAUUCUGCUUUGUCAAAAUGUCUGAACAUUGCAUACAGAAGAGAUCACGGAUUGCUGCAAGAUUGUGAAAUCGAGGAUGCCAAGUCCUAUAUUUUUUCUAGUGUUGAAGCUGUGCUACAAAUGCUCAGUGUAUCCAUCAAAUUUGCAGAGAAGAUGUCCUUUGAUCUUGUAAAGAUGCAAACCCGUCUACCGAGUGGCUAUGGUGAUGUUGUAGAAUUUGCACAUGUCCUGACUAGUAAGGGAAUUGCUUUGGAGACCGCAUACGUGUUGGUUCACAUAUGCCUGGAGAAAAGGCUCCAGCCUUCGGAGCUCACUUUGGACGAACUACAGCGGAUAGGUUUCCCAUGUGAGCAUGUUCAUGAUCUACUGCAGGACAAGGGUAGUGUCUUUCGUGAUUUUAGCUGUCGGGAUAUGUCCAAGGAAAUGAUUAAGUGGUGCUGCAAGCUUCGGAUCAGUCCGGAAACAAUUUCUUCUUGAUGCCCAGCAUGGACUUGGUGCAAUGAGUGCUGUCUUCAUUUUGCUCCUCUUGAACAGCAAACACAUAAAUUCUAUUCCUCUGAAUUAAUUAGCCGUAAAGCGUUUGUGUGCUAAUUUUUCUCUAGAGUUUCUACUAUGCAUUUGUGCAUCUAUUACUUUCUAGUACAAAUUAGUCAUUAAACAUUGUGUGGAAAAUAAUUCGAAAUUUGUUA